UACAUUGGUGGUAGGUAUUCAUGCGACGUUGCAUGACGUUUCACAAUUUAAAUAUCGAUACCUUGUCUUCUAAAUUAUUUCUCUCCUCGCCAGUUUAUCAUUUGUAAUAAUAAAUAUCGGCUAAUGUAAAAAUCGAAACCGAUUAUGCAGUUGUGUAGCAGCAAUUCUCUUUUCGUAACAUUGCACAAUUGAAAGUACCAAACCUAACCUAAAAUUGCGCGCUGGCAUGCUGAAAGGCUCCUCCGCUAAUUUGAAAUUAAAAUUUAACAAUGAAUAGCAUAGGGGACGCCUGCAAACCGCUUAAAGACGAAUAUGACGCUUGCUUUAAUACAUGGUUUUCGGAACAAUUCCUCAAGGGACGUACAAACGAUUCCAUGUGCGAACCCUUGUUUAGAGUGUAUCAAGACUGCGUUAAGAAGGUAAUGAAGGAACAGAACAUAGAGAUUCAAGAAGUCGAAAAAGACUUGCUAGGGACCAACUCCGAGCGUAAAGUCCCCCCGAAGAAAAGCUGACUAUUGUUCGGUUCGUGUAAUUGGUUUUGUAUCGAUAAUAAUGAAAACAAUGUGCACGACCAGCGUAAGUAUAUAACAGAUAAUUAGAGUAUGUAUUUAAUAAAAAAACAUAAUAGCGUU